CGCUUGUAUAAAACAGCUGGGAGGUGCGCUGAAUGAACUCAGACCGUGAAGUGCACACUCAUUGAUACAUGCCAGCCUUCUCCUGCCUAUUAUAGUACCGACGACCUUCGGUGAAGUAACAACGAGACACUUUGAAACCACUUUUUUUUGUUCUUUUGUGAUUUUAUUUCCCAAAACUGAACUUCAAAUUAAGCUUCUGUAUCCCGUCUCCUUGUCAGCAUGACUGAGCCUGCUGAGCUGCUGCUCAUCAAGGACCAGUACGAGUUGGCGUUUCAUUCUCUGAGCCGAGGCCUGGCGGCCGAGGAGGCCGGCAAAAGAGAAGAGGCCCUGAUGUUUUACAGGAAAGGUCAACAGCACCUUACCCAAGGAAUGGAAGUCCCCACCGGGGGAGAGAGGCACCUGGGAGCGGUCUGGGACACAGCCAGGGGUCUUCAGCAGAGGAUGAGGGACACUCUGAGGACUGUCAACACCCACCUCUCUGACCCAGAGGCCUCUCAGCUGACAAAAGGAUGCCAGCGGGGGCGCCUGCUGAUGAAUCUACCUCCCAACCUGUACCCGGACCUGACGCCAUGCCGCCAGCCUCCACAGAGCUCCCUCAAUCACCUGUACCCGACGGUGGCUGCCGCCACCCAGGACGCAGCCCUAACGCUCCAGCCCAGUCUUCCUUCCUGUGCCCGGCUGCAAACCCUCCCCGCCGCGACCCACCCGGGGGAUCAGCCUCCGGCGUACACGCCACAGCCAACUGUCGGCCACCGCAGUCUGUCUUACGCUCCUGCUGAAGGUGGGCUCAGGCCAGGGAAGCAGGCAGCUGCAGCAGGAGGUGGAGGAGAUGGAAACGAGCUGCUGCACGUCCCCUCUGGGGUGCAGAUGUUUUUCGUGGCGCCGAGCGGGCAGGUCAGCUCCCUGUCUCAUCCAGGUUACCUUCGCAUCGUUCAACUUGACAGUGAGCACAAGGGUUCCACCGCUGGGAAAGCCUCAACAUUUCUACAGGUGUGUGACUGUCUCUUCCUGCUGGAAGCAGGCACUCCAGUGCUGUUGGCUAACUCCGGCAUCUUCAUGUUCCGGGACACCUUGUCAGAGACGCCAGGGUCCUACGUGGGCAUAGUGCUGUCCUCAGAGCUGCCUCCUGUACAUGGGGAGACGUUUCAGGCUCUUCUCUCGCAGCUGGCUAACCUCAGGGUUCAGGGUCCAGAGGGAGAAGGGUCAGAUGUCAUGAACCUGAGUGACAAAAUCCCCCUCGGUCCAAUGAAAGAGCAUGAAGGACUCACAGUGCCGACAGGGAAGAAGGAGAAACCGCCACUUCCUGGGUGGAGUGAGAAGAUGGCGCAAGGAAUCUUGACAGGAGCUACGCGGUUGAGUGUCGGGUUCGCUAAAGGAGCAGAGGCCACUGGUAGGGCCAUUAAUAAAGGAGCAGCCAAGUUGCGGGAGCACAUCACGCCUGAGGAAACUCCUUCAGAGGUCAGCCCCCAUGUCACCAAAAGUCUGGAAGCGGCUAGACAGGCCACGGGGGGGGCCGUCCGAGUCAGCCAGUUCAUAGUUAAUGGAGUGAGUACUGUGGCAGGACUCGUGGCUGAAAAGAUGGCUCCUCAUGUGAAGAAACAGGGCUCGAAGCUGGUCCCAGAGUCUAUGAAGACGAGUAAAGAUGGCGGGCCUUCCAGCUGGGAUGGAGCCAAGUUUGUGGCCAUCAGCAGUGUACAUGGUCUUUCUACUGUUUGGUCCAGUCUGGAGACGGGUGCAAAGCUUGUUGGCAAAAGUGUCACAGCAGAGACUGUCACGACGGUGACGCACAAAUUUAAGGGCUUAGAAAAUGUAUUAAAAAUGUCCAGCAACAUAUGACUGCACGGGGAAUAAAGUCAAAGACUGAUCAACUCUUUCACGAACUGUACACUUUCAUUAACUCACAAACUAACCCUGAGAGACAUAUUCCCAAUCCAACGCAAGAGCUAACACAGAAUGGAAACGUCAUUUUACUCAUUCAUGUCUAGACCAAUAAACUGUGUUUUGGGCUCUUUUCUGACUUGAUGUAGUUUAAAGUUCUUGUUCUGUUUGUGUCUUUCUGGGUUUGCUAACUGCAGCUAAAUGUCAGCUUGUGUUUGGUGGUGCCGCCCUUGCUGUACUUUCUCUGGCCCCUCUUUCUGGUUUGUUACUAAUAAAACUACUACAAACUAAAAUGUGACUCUUUUUCUCGGCUACCGUGUUGACGCUAAUGAAAGCCGCGCCAACCUCCACAUUCUCCCAGCGUUUUAAUUCUGUGCAGGGCCUCACUUAUUUCGAUGCACACCAACCCGCUCCUCCCUAACUGCGCCGUGUUGUUUGUG